AUGGUAAUAUCAGGGGGAAUAGCUGCAGGAGAACCAUACAUUGAACAAGUGCACGGGCCCUUGGUUGGAUUCGGAGGGAGCAUCGUUCGUCCAAUCGGCUCCAUUUUUCUCCCGGCCUCUGUUGGAGUUCCCCCAGUGACCAAAGAAGUUGUCAUCAGGUUUAUAAUUGUAGCAAACCUCACCACAUUCAACAUCAUACUUGGCCGUCCAACGCUCAACGACCUAAAAGCUGUGAUCGUUCCUCAUUUACUGUUGGUCAAAUUUGUCGGAAGUAACGGACGCGUUGGGUCUCUCUAUGGAAAUCAACAGUUGGCCAGGGAUUGUUACUUAUCGACAUUGGAGCCAACGGCCUGGGGAGCCUCUCCGAAGGGAAAAGAGCAAUCUAAACCUCUGGCAAGCAAUCGUAAAACCCGGGAGACACCAACGGAGCACAAUGCAGAAAGACGACCUGAGCCAGUGGGAGCACACUAUGCUAUAAUUCUGGACUUAGCAGACCCGUCCCGAACGGUCCCCAUUGGGGUCCACCCUGACGACCCCAUGUCAGCAGCAUUAGUGCAACUGCUCCGAGAAUACACGGAAAUAUUUGCCUUCACGGUACAGGAGAUGCCAGGCAUAGACCCGGCGGUGGCCGUGCAUAAGCUGAAUGUGGACAGCGCUGUAAAGCAAAUACAACAAAAGAAGAGGAAUCAUGGAGAAGCAAGAAAUUUGGCCGCCGCUGCCGAGGUUAAGAAACUAAUGGAUGCUGGCUUCAUACGUCCGUGUCAGUACCCAGACUGGGUAGCUAACGUAGUCCUGAUACCCAAGCCCAAUCGGACGUGGAGGAUGUGUGUUGAUUACACCGAUCUCAAUAAAGCUUGCCCUAAGGACAAAUACGCACUAAGUGCCGUCUUGCUUACAGAGAGGGAUGGGACGCAACUACCUGUCUACUUUGUCAGUCACAUGCUGCAGAAUGCUGAACUCAAAUAUCCAACAGUCGAAAAGUUUAGCUUUGCUCUAUUCUUGGCUAGUAAGAAGCUUCGUCCAUUUUCCUGGCUCAUCGACUGGUAG